UCUUCGUCUCAACUCAAAUUUUCUGGGAUUUCAUUUGAAUGGCACAAUCUGCAACCAAACAAGCGUUACGGAUUUCCUCAUAAUUUCACCAAUUUACACUACUAACCGUUAGGAAACAGGACAAAACCACCGCAACUGAUCGCUAUUCUCACUCUCCAGCAUUUCGUUGCGUCAUUUCCCGACCUUUUCCCACUCUUUCACUCACAGCUUUUGAAUUCCGGCGAUCAACACUCUCGUUUGUGGUUUGUUCUCUCAGUUCUGAUACAUCGCGCUUUCUUUUACCGCCAGAACUGUUAACCGAAAGUUCUUUGUUUUGUUCUAGACGUAAAGGGAGAAUUGCUUCUGACAUGUAUAACCGCCAGAACGAUCAGUCCUUGCAUAUGGAAACAACUUGUUGCUCUCUUCUAUCUGAGCUGCAGAAAAUAUGGGAUGAGAUUGGAGAGCCUGAGAUUGAAAGGGAUAAGAUGCUCUGUCAACUUGAACAGGAGUGCCUAGAAGCAUAUAGAAGAAAAGUGGAUCAGGCGAGCCGAAGCUGUGCUCAGCUGCGGCAAGCGGUUGCUGAGUCUGAAGCAGAACUUGUACGUAUCUGUGGAGCACUUGGGGAGCAGCCAGUUAAUGUCAGACAGAGUUCAAGAAGCUUGAAGACAGAGCUUCAAGCUAUUAUGCCUCUGCUAGAAGAAAUGAAAAAGAGAAAAUUGGAGAGGAAGCAUCAAUUUUCAGAAGUUCUGGAUCAAAUAGAUAGUGUCCUGAAAGAGCUUGGUAAAUCAAGAAAGGAACUUCAGCAUAUUAUUGCCCUUGAUGAAAGUGAUUUGUCAUUAAGAAGACUUGAAGAUAUGAAGAGCCACCUGCUUUCACUGCAAAAAGAAAAGAGUGACCGCUUGAAGCAAGUGCUUGACCACUUGGAAUCUCUCAAUUCAUUAUGCAUUGUGCUUGGUAUUGACUUUAAAAGUACCAUUGGUGAGAUCCAUCCAACUUUGGGUGACUCAUCUGCCUUGAAAAGUGUAAGUACAGAGACAAUUGAAAGGUUAUCUGCUGCAAUCCACAAAUUGAGAGAGGUCAAGAUACAGCGACUUCAUAUGCUUCAAGAUCUUGCAACCACAAUUGUGGAGCUGUGGAAUUUGAUGGAUGUGCCAGUGGAGGAACAACAGCUAUUUCAUAAUGUAACACGAGCUAUAGCUGCUUCAGAAAGUGAAUUAUCUGAGCCGAAUGCUCUCUCGUUAGACCUUCUUAAGUCUGUGGAAAUUGAGGUUUCAAGGCUACAAGAAAUGAAGUCAAGCAAAAUGAAGGAAGUCCUCUUGAAAAAGAGAAUAACAUUGGAGGAACUAUGUAGAAAGGCUCAUUUAACAAUUGAUGAUUCAAUCGAGUUUUCUGAUGAAACUUUAGAGUCUGGGGCAAUUGAUCCUUCUCAUCUACUGGAACAAAUUGAGAUCCAAAUUUCCAAGGUUAAAGAAGAAGCUUUUAGCAGGAAAGAGAUACUUGAAAAGGUUGAAAAGUGGUUAGCUGCAUGUGAAGAGGAAUCAUGGUUGGAGGAGUACAACAGGAAUGACAACCGAUACAAUGGUGGGAGAGGUACACAUCUCAUGCUGAAGCGAGCUGAGAAAGCCCGAGCACUUGUGAACAAAAUUCCUGGAAUGUUGGAAGCAUUGACUUCAAGGGCAAAAGGUUGGGAGAGAGAAAGAGGAGUGCCAUUCUUGUAUGAUGGGGUUAGCAUUCUUUCAAUGCUUGAACAGUAUGGCCUUCUAAAGGUGGAGAAAGAGUUAGAACGUCAGAGGCAGAGGGACCAGAAGAAGCUUCAGGGACAGCUGAUGGCAGAACAGGAAGCACUUUUCGGAUCAAAGCGCAGUCCAUCACAAAGCGGAAAGAAGAAUUCUGUUGGAGGUGCAAGCAAUAAGAGAAUUUCAGUGGGAGGAGCUUUGCUCCAAACACCACACACUGAAAGGGCUGCUGUGUCUUCUCACUCUCUGAAGAAAAUUAACCCCGUGAAGCAGCAAGCUCUAGCUAAUGUUACUCAAAACUAUGUUGCCCUCUCAUCUGGUAGGAGGGAAAGUUCUAUGCAUGCUAAACAGCCCUCUUGCAACAAAUCAAAUCUGCAGAAAACUGAACCAACACAAAGGAAGCCUCUGUCUCCCAUAUCUUCACUCUCAUUCAACACCACCUCUGCAAAUAUAAUGGACAAAAUCAGCGAAAGCGAGGAACUCAGGGAAACGCCAGCCUCAUUAUCGACGACUCCCAUCAAGAAUGUCUCUGGUAUCGGAGCAAACGCCACCCCGAAAACCAUGCCAAUCCCAAUGCCAUCCACCCCGGCUUCAGCCGCCUCCAUCGCCAUGCAGAUGGCCAUGACACCUGCUCCAGUUGCUGCCACUACUCCUCCUAUUGUUGGUCAUGCUAAUGUUGAAUAUUCUUAUGAGGAGAUGAGGGCUGGUUUCCUUAUUCCUAGAUUACAUUAGUACCUGCACCUAACAUGUCAGAAUAGUCGUGUGACUAAAAGUGCACGAAUAUUUCUCAACCCGGAGUAUGACUAGAUUUUCCACUCUUCAAAUUGGGUGAUUUGGUUUGGUUGGCUCUCACCUUCAACCUGUUGACAGAAAGUCAUGACGAUAUUAAUGGCAGUUUAGUAGUGUACAACUACAGUCUACAGUAUUAGUUGCAACGAAUAUUGACAUUUGGCACUGGAAAAUGUUUUCUUAAGGACAGGUGAAUUGGUCCAACCACUCAGGUUUGAAUAAG